UCCACCCUCGACGACACUCGGUGCAGUGCCCGUCGUCGACACUCACUCUCUCGCUCUCACUCACUCUCUCAUCAUGGCGAAACUCCAGAUAAUUAUUUUGUCCCUGCUGCCGUUCUGCUUCGGCCAGUUCUCCAUCCAAGGGCCAAGCGAUGGAAACAGACGGGCCCAGGGCCUGAAGUACAGCGCGGACAAGGGAGUCGAGUACACGGAUCAAGCCGCUUCUUUGGGAAACAGUGGAUUCUCGAUUCAAGGAGCUAGUGAUGGAAACAGUGAUUUUGUGAUCCAAGGCGCUACCGACGGAAACUCUGAUUUCCGAAUCCAAGGGGCUACAGAUGGAAAUUCUGAAUUUCAAAUUCACGGACCGACCGACGGAGGUAGCCAAGCUUAUGUUCAUAAUUAUGAACAGCAACAGCAACAGGAACCUCAGCAACCGGUUCACCAGAGCCGAGCAAUAGAAUACAAAGAUGCAAAUGGUCACCGCGUAAACUGGCGCUCGUACAACCGCGCCGCCGCGAAGCCUCAGCAACAGGAACAGCAGCAAUACGAGGAACCAGCCCCUCGACCGGUCCAUCGUCGUCCCUCGCACAGAAGAACGCAAGCUCAGGCAGCCGCUCAACAGCCACAAGCUGCACCGCAGCAGCAGCAACGAUUGCAGUACGGGUCUCCGGUCGCCAACAUCAAUUACAACCCCAUUGACAAGGCACCGCCGUCGAUUCAAGAAAUACUUCAGUUCCAGGCGCAAAUACCAUAUGUCAACAUCAUACCCGAGCACCUUAGACACGACGCCCUGGAGGCGGCCCAAGCCCAAGCCCAAAAAUUCGCCGAGGAGUACCCCAAGCAGGUUCUAGCCCAGCAUCCACCCCAGCUGGUGAUCGAGGAGGCUCCUCGCAGUCAGUACAGGUCCAAGCCUCGUCAACACCAUCAACAUCAGCAGCAGCAGCAGCAGCGCGAGCAGGCCCGCGAGCGCAGACAGGCCACGUCGUACGACGCCUACUACCAGGAACGUCUGCAGGCCUUCGCCAGACAGCAGCAGCAACAACAGCAGCAGGCUUACGCCCGCCCUGAGGGUCAGCAACGUCGUGAGGCUCCCCAUCCAGGUCAAUACCAGCAACAGCUGCACGAGCAGGCCCAGGCUUACCUCCAACAGGAGCAGCAGCAGGACCAGCAGCAGUACGUACCAGCCCCAAAAGCCUACAGGAGGGUCCAGCAACCACCGGCGGAACCAGCUCCCCAGUACUCGGGCAACGUGCCUUCACAGAUCCAGGAGAUCCUGAGGUUCCAGGCGCAGAUCCCCUACGACGUCAUCGCCAACCAGAUCAUCUACCGACCUGACAAACCCUACAUCCCCCAGCCGGUCCAGCCACAAGAACACUCCCAGGCACCUCAACCGGUUGCUACCCAGUACAAGCCUCAGGCCGCCGAGUACCAGCAGCCCCAGUACGAACAGGGAGCUGGUGCCGCCUACGCUCAGAAGGCCCAUCAGCAACAGCUGCAGGAGCAACAACAGGGUCAGCUGAGCUAUGCUCAGUCGCGUGCUCUGGGCUACUACGGUCAGCAGCAGCAGCAGCAGCAGCAGGAAGCGGAUCCCCGCGAGCGACAGUAUUGAGCUCGAUCGAUCUAACGAGAUUUGAUGAUUUUCUUAUUAGAUUGAUAGAUUGUUAAACGUAUUUUUUUUCACUCUUAAAGCCGCUCGUUGAGAUGUAGAGUGUUUUCGCUGGGAAAUUCUUCUUUUGAAAAAACUACAAGCUCGUAAAUUUCAAACAUUCUCUUUACAACGCGUCCAACGUCCCGCAUUCGCCGCCGGGAUCAGCUGCGGCGAAGGAAAAUCCACGCGGAGUGAAAGUUUUCCGCGCUUUAUCAUGAAAACUUGAAAAGGAAUGAUAUAAUUAAUCGAACUAAUUGAGCCCGUAGAUAGUAUCGUUUCUCUUUUCGUCCCGCGCCGGUAACACUCUAUAUCCCAUAUCGAUUUCCAUUGAGAAAGUUGUUGCACUUCGCUAGAGCGCCGUAACUCUGUGUAUAACGGAAUAUAAACAUCGAGAGUUACAGUCGUCGUCGCGCGCGAGUCUGCCUUCUGUCGCGCGUGUUUAUACUUAGCGAUUUUGAUGUUUUAACGAAACUAGAUCCUGCGAGACUUUUGCUUGUUUUUUGCGUUCGUUCGAAACCAAGAGGAUUAAUGAGAUUUUUACACUAGAUCGGCGGUCAACCGGAAACGGAGAAAUUAUUUAGAAGGAAAAUCGAACGACAAACCGGUCGGAGUUUUGUCAACAGCGUGCUUUUAGAAAUCGAAGCUUUUUCACGCGAGCAAAUAACCGGUCUGGAUUAUUUUCGCUUUUGAUUUUUUGCCUCGACGAUCAUUUUAAUCGAAAUUUAUACAAGUUAUUCUGUAAAAUCGCAGAGAAUUAGAGUAUUACAAGGUCACAGUGAUAUAAGUUUAAAGCGUGUAAAUGACGUAAUGUGUGAUGUACGAGUCUCUGAAUUUAUCUAUAUAUACGCCUACCUAUAACGUAUCGAUUGUAUACCGAGGACAUAGACACAGAGCAUUAUUAUUAAUUUAAGCGAAUUCUACACAGUAAGUGCGUGUGUAUAACAGAUGUGUUCUUUUUUGUACGAUCGACAAUAUGGAAUAAAUUCUAUUUUCUAAAACUG